CCAGGCACUUGGGUUCCAAACAGCCAUCAUGGCGCAAUAAUAGCCAUCAUUUCUAAGUCACCAUGGAUUACACAUGGCGAAGUAAACUCCUUAUUCGCCACAUCGUGGUUGAAAUGAUGCAUUCAUAAAAGGUGAGGUGAUCCCUUCGAUCACAUAUAGUCUACACCAAAGAUCAGCGUCUUUUUCUCCUCACUUCCAUUCGUUUUCUUAGUCUAGGGCUUUCCUUCUCUUGGGCUCGGCUACCCGUUCAUUUUCCAACGGUCCUUUCUGAAUUCUUGAAUAUCGGUUUCCUUCAUCAUGCUGUUUACAGGAAAGGACGCCUUAGUUGCCCUCGUCCUGCUUGCCCAGGGGUGGGCUGUAAGGGGCUCUCCAGGGCGACGGGCCUUUGCGAAUGAAACUUUCGUCACUACUCCGAUUAGUUCAUCCUCCAGGUCCGUAGCAACAACUUCAACUUCCACGGAUGACGAAGAGUGUAGUAACACCGUCAGCGAGUCUCUUUCGACCGCCGUCGCAACUUUGACUAGCGCGGCCCCUUCCAACGUCACUUCAGCCGCCGGACCUGACUUCACAACAUUGACUGUCAACGUAACCUCUAUCUCGACUAUUAUCUCAUGCGCACCUACGAUCACGGAUUGUCCGGCGGCUUCCAAUACGGCUGCUCUCAGCACGCUGCCUUCGGAAGCUGUAUCGACGAUUCUUGUGACAAGCGUCGUUGAUAUUACCACUACCGUUUGCCCAGUCACGGAAGUAUCGAAGAUUUCCUCGUCGAUCGUAGCAUCUUUCACUUUGUCGCACUCGAAAUAUAGGCCAACAACUACCUCCACCAUCAUUGCUAGCGCAAGGACCUCUUCAGAAAGUAUCGGUAUUAGUGCGACUAGCUCGGCGGAAGCUGUUGGCACGACGUCAAGCUCAACGCUGAGCUCGGAAACGAGCAUCACCACUCCCGGGCAGAAACCUACCGAGACCUUCUCCAACACUACAGCUCCCGGAACCGUAAGCUAUAGACCUUGUUAGCUAGACUAUUUCUGAGGUAGCAACUAACAUUCUCCAGGUAACUCUCUCUUCUACGGCUUCUCCCCCGACAACAACGGCUAGUGCCUUCAUUACUAGCCCA